GUCCCGCUCCCUCCUCUUCAGCUGUGCGUAGUCCCGGGCUGUGAGGGCAAAUGGCCUCUCUGAGGGGCACUCUAGGCUGUGCCCUACUGGCCCUGCUCCUGGGGAGCAGCAGCGUGGACUUGAGUACUUCCCCUGGCAGUUUUUACCCCCGUUUCAACCCCUUUUUCUUCCUGUGCACCCACCACGGGGAGCUGGAGGGAGCUGGGGUGGCAGAGGGUGGAGGAGAGGUGCUGCUUUCCCUCCAAAUCACAGGCAGUCCCACUGCAUACACCCCAGGACAGGAGUACCAAGUGACCAUCUCCACCAGCGUCUCCUUUGACGGCCUUCUGGUGACUGGCCUGUACACGUCCACUCCGGUCCAGUCUGCUCCCAUCCCCGCUCCGGCUGCCUUUGGCUUCGGUGUGUUGCCAGAGCGACAGUUCAGUGGCACCCAGUUUGUUUGCAGUGUGGUUGCGUCCCACGUGAGCCACCAGCCCUCCACCAGUUUUAGUUUUGUAUGGAUUGCUCCUCCACCGGGAACUGGCUGUGUCAACUUUCUAGCUACGGCUACUCACCGAGGGCAGAUCAUUUUCAAGGACGCUCUGGCGCAGCAGCUCUGUGAACAGGGAGCUCCUACAGAGUCUCCAUUGAGGCCAAGUCUCGUUGAGCUCCACGGUAAACAUGCUGUACUGCGAGAUGACUUUGACUCCAACCUGUCCCACACACAGCUGGACCCCAGUAUUUGGUCGGAAUGCACCAACUGUGACGUAGGGGAGCAGUGUGGCGCGCUGAUGCAUGGACGGGCUGUCACUUUCUGUGAGCCCUUUGGAGAGCGAGAGCUGUCCACAGUGCCUCUGAACACAAGCACAGCCUCAAUCCUGCAGUUUGCUCUUGGUUCAGGCUCUUGCCGGUUUAGUUAUGCAGACCCAAGCAUCACUGUGUCAUACAGCCUAAGUGCAAUUGGCAACAGCUCUGAUGAUGAGUGGAUCACACUGGAGAAGAUCAGAGCUCCAACCAACAGCAGCACUGUGGUGCACCUGCUCCCCCUCCCUCCUCAGUCCCGGGCCGAUGGGGUACGUCUCCGCUGGUCACAAGAUGCAUCACAGGGUCCAGAAGGUUACGAGUCCUGUUGGGGUUUGGACAAUGUGCUGUUGGUUAAUUCUGCUCACAAAACCCCUCUUAUGGAGGACAACCUGGACCCCCCAGACACUGCCAACUGGCUCUUCUUUCCGGGAUCAACUAUAAAGCAUGCAUGCCAAUCAGAGGGCAAUGCUCUAUACUUCCAUGGUGCUGAGGGAGUGGGCCACAGCUUUGCUUCCACCAGAGACAUUGACUUGCACCGAGAGGAGGGGAGAAGCUACUGGGAAGAAGAUUUUGAGAGUCCACCAUUGAAUUGGGACAUUGAAGGAGCAGUUUAUGGAACAGACUGUGGAGAAAUUGAAUCAGGCUUGGCUUUGGUAUUUGAGGCAGAGGGCCGGAGGAGAGUUUGCACACCCUAUAUUGACACAACGUCCUAUGGAAACCUACGCUUCCAUUUUACUAUGGGUGGAGGUGAUUGCCAUCCAGGAGAGUCCCAUGAGCAUGAUGUGAUCUUGUUUGGACGUUCUGAAGGCAAACGGGAGCGAGUGGUACUCGACACUCUCCCAUACUCCUCAUACAGGACUCCUGCUGUGGUUUCAGUUGGGCUGCCCACAGAGUUACAGACCCCUGUUACACAACUGUGCCUGGAGCAGAGGUCUCAUGGAGGGGCCAAACGUCACGUUUGGGCUGUAGACUUUAUGCAGCUGCUGCCUGUGCUGCCUGGCACACAUACACAUGUCGCUCAGUUCUCCAUCAACCUGGGCUGUGGCUCCUUCCAGCCUGCCAACAGUGUCUCUCUGGAGUUUUCCAGUAACCAGGGCCGCUCCUGGUCUCUGCUCCACACAGAGUGUCUCCCAGAGCUGUGCGCUGGACCACACCUCCCACACAGCACCAUCUACUCCUCUGACAACUAUAGCGGAUGGACUAGAAUAUCCAUUCCUCUGCCCAAUGCUGCCCUCACAGAGACCACACGAUUCCGCUGGAAGCAGUCUGGCACUGGAACAGGCAACAUGUGGGCCAUAGACAAUGUUUAUAUCGGCCCGGCUUGUCUCCGCUUCUGCUCUGGGAGAGGACAUUGUUCACGCACAGGCUGCAAGUGCGACCCAGGCUUCAGUGGGCCGGCCUGUGAGUUGGCGUCCCAGACCUUUCCUGCGUUUCUAUCCGAGGGGUUCUCCAGCCCGCGCCUCUCAUCCUACCACAGCUUCUCCUCUCUGCGGGGGGCCGAGGUCAGCUUCGGGUGUGGGGUGCUCGCCAGCGGCAAAGCUCUGGUCUUCAAUCGGGACAGCAGAAGGCACUUAAUCACUGCACCGUUAGACAGCUCCCAAGCAAGAUACCUACAGUUUACUCUUCGCCUGGGUAGUCGGAGCACUCUGAGUUCCUGUCCUGCCCCAGACCAGCCCGGAGAGGGGGUCCUGCUGCAUUACUCAUCGGACAAUGGGAUAACUUGGACAUUACUUCAGCAUUAUGCAUACCAAGGAUUUCAUGAGCCGAGGAUUGUGUCUGUGGAGCUGCCUCCUGGGGCUCGUAAAUUUGGCGUGCAGUUCCGCUGGUGGCAGCCGUAUCACUCGGGCCGUGGUCAUGAUGUGUGGGCUGUGGAUGAGAUCAGCAUGACCUCUGUGCUCUUUAACACCAUUAGUCUGGACUUCAGCAAUGUCCUGGAUGUCACUCAGAGUCUAGGCUUCUACCUCGGCCAUGUCCAGCCCUACUGUCAGCAUGACUGGACGCUCAGUUUCUCCGGUGAGCCCAGUCCUGGUUCAAGUAUCCGCUAUGUAGAGACUCAGUCCAUGCAGGUGGGAGCAUCCUACAGCUUACAGUUCUCUCUGGUAAUGGGCUGUGGUCGGGAGCCCUCGCCACACAUCGACACACAGGUCCGACUGGAGUUUUCCACCAACCAUGGACUCACCUGGCAUUUGGUCAAAGAGGCUUGUUUACCGGGUAUGCCCAGCUGCUCUGAGUUCACAGCUCCAAGUGUGUACCAUCCAUCAGAGUUCAAAGACUGGAGACGCAUCACUCUGUCUCUGCCUCAGAAAACAUGGUCGAGUGCCACUCGAUUCCGCUGGAUCCAAAACUACUAUGGAGAACAAGAUGAGUGGGCUCUGGAUGACAUCUACAUUGGCCAGCAAUGUCCAAAUAUGUGCCACGGGCACGGCUGGUGUGACCACGGGCACUGCAGAUGUGACGAUGGUUUCACCGGAGCAGACUGCCAGCCCUCUUCACCCCUGUCUUCAAGUGUACUGUCUGACUUCGAAUCCCAGGAUGCACUGUUGGCCAUGUGGCAAGAAGUGACUGGUGGAGAAAUUGUCACCCCUGACAUGGGCUGUGGUGUGGUGUCAUCUGGUUCAUCUUUGUAUUUUAGCAAGGCUGGUCUAAGGCAGUUGGUGAGCUGGGAUCUGGACACUGAGUGGGCCGAGUUUGUCCAGUUUUACCUGAGAGUGGGAGGAGACUGGGCAGAAUGUAACCAAGCAGACAGCAGAGAGGAAGGAGUGCUCCUGCAGUACAGCAAUGAUGGAGGCAUCACCUGGGGACUGAUCGCAGAGAUGUACUUUACUGACUUCACCAAACCACGUUUUGUCCACUAUGAGCUCCCGUUGGCCUCUAAAACACCGUCCACUCGCUUCCGUUGGUGGCAGCCUCUUCACUCUGGAGAGGGCUACGAUCAGUGGGCUAUUGACGACGUUAUUAUUUUGUCUGAGAGGGAGAAGCACAUUAUACCAAUGGCUAACCCCACACUACCACAGAACUUUUAUGAAAAACCAGCCUUUGAUUACCCACUGAAUCAGAUGAGUGUGUGGCUAAUGCUGGGUAAUGAGGGCAUGGAGAGGGAAAGCAACAACAGUUUUUGUGCCCCCACUCCCUCCGCCAUGGUGUUUGGACGCUCAGAUGGGGAUAGAGUCGCUGUGACCAGAGACCUCGCCCUGCGGCCAGGUUACACAUUGCAAUUUAAGCUGAACAUAGGCUGUGAGUCAGAGUUCAGCGCCUCAGCCCCAGUGCUGCUACAGUACUCCCAUGAUGCUGGUCGAACAUGGGCCCUGGUGAGGGAGGGCUGCUACCCCGGGACUCCAGGAGUGGGGGUCUGUGAAGGCAGUGCCCGAGAACUCAGAGAGCCCUCAAUAUACAACACAGGAGACUAUGAACAGUGGACCAGAGUUACUGUUGUCAUCCCACGCAAUGUCGCUGCCAGUAAAACCAGGUUCCGCUGGUUCCAGGAGAGCAGCUUGUACCGGGAUGCCCCUCCAUUUGCAUUAGACGGAGUAUACAUCUCUGAGCCCUGUCCAAACCACUGUGGAGGACACGGGGACUGCAUUUCUGGAGUCUGCUUCUGUGAUAUGGGAUACACAGUUGAACAGGACAGCUGUGUCCCUGCUGUUGCUAGUCCCACAGAGCUGACUGAGGGCUUUGAAGGAAAGUUAAGUCCACUUUGGCAGAGUCUAAUUGGGGGACAGAUCGGAGGAGGCUGUGGGAUUAUUGGUGAGGGCAAAGCUCUUUAUUUCAACAGCCCCGGGAGGAGAGAGGCCCGCACUGUUCCUCUGGACACAACCAACACAAGAUUGGUGCAAUUUUAUAUUCGCAUUGGAAGCAAAAGUUUGGGACCCACUUGCACUAGACCCCGGUCCCGAAAUGAAGGUGUUAUUGUACAGUUCUCCACGAACAAUGGCAUCCAGUGGCAGUUCCUGAGGGAGCUUGAUUUCAGCUCAUUCCUAGAGCCUCAGGUUGUAACCAUUGAGUUACCAUCUGCAGCUAAAGCUCCCUAUACUGUGUUCAGAUGGUGGCAGCCACAGCAAGGAAAGCACUCUGCUCAGUGGGCUCUUGAUGAUAUUCUAAUUGGGAUGAAUGACACGUCCAGAACAGGUUUCCAAGAUAAAUUUGAUGGUAGCAGUCCUCUGAGGCACAACUGGUACCGUAUUCAGGGUGGAGAGGUGACCAUAGACUGCUUAUCAUUGGACACAGUUUUAACCUUCAACUCAGAGGCCAUUGAUAAGAAGCCCAGGUAUGCAGAAACAUGGGAUUUUGAAGUAUCAGGCUCCUCCUUCCUUCAGUUUGAGCUUAGUAUGGGCUGUAGUAAGUCCACGUCCUUCUCUCAUGGUGUCCGUCUGGAGUACUCCACAGACUGUGGUCGUCACUGGACCCUCCUCACUCCAGAAUGUGUGCCCCCUGCCAUUGGCUGUGCUGCCUACACCCAGAGCUCGGUGUAUACGUCCACCCAACACAAGCACUGGAGGAGGAUUACUGUUUAUCUGCCCAGUGCGGCCAAUUCCCCAAGAACCCGGUUUCGCUGGAUUCAGACCCACUUCACCCCAGGAGCAGAGGGCUGGGCACUUGACAAUGUUCUGCUUGCUCCUGGAUGCCCGUGGAUGUGCUCCGGGCAUGGUCUCUGUGACAAUGGGCACUGUGUCUGUGACAAGGGUUACGGAGGGGCGCACUGUGUACCCCUGACUCCUCUGCCUUCUGUCCUGAGAGAGGACUUCAAUGAAAACCUGCAGCAGGAGACCUGGCCCGAGGUGUACGGAGCAGAGAGGGGAACACUGAGUGGGGAGCCUCUGAAAUCUGGAACAGCACUAAUAUUCAAAGGAGACGGCCUCCGAAUGAUUGUAUCACGGGAUUUGGACUGCACAAACACACUCUACAUUCAGUUCUCUUUCAAAUUCAUCACCAAAGGUGUCCCAGAGCGCUCCCACUCAGUUCUGCUGCAAUACUCAGUGAACGGAGGGAUAAGCUGGUUACUGUUGGAUGAGUUUUACUUCCCAGCUUCCACAGACACUUUGUUCCUCCACCUACCGCUGCCAGCCAGUGCACAAACCAAUGCCACGCGAUUUAGACUCUGGCAGCCUUAUAAUGGUGGUAAAAAAGAAGAGGUGUGGGUGAUUGAUGACCUGAUUAUUGAUGGAGGCUCUAUGCACAACCCUCCUGUGGUCAUAGACAGCUUUAAGGAGGACCCCAAUGAAUCCAACUGGCUCUUCUAUCCCGGGGGAAACACUGGCCUUUAUUGCCCUUAUCAAAAGUCUGGACUAGAGGAGGAUGAGUCAGCCAUGGUGUUUGUCUCCAGUGAACUUGGAGAGCACUCAAUUACCACCCGGGACAUUGACGUAAAUGAGAACACUAUCAUUCAGUUCGAGAUUAACGUGGGCUGCACAGCUGAGAGCUCCUCAGCCCACCCGGUGCGUCUUGAAUUUUCGCGAGAUUUUGGAGCCACUUGGCACCUUCUGUUGCCUCUGUGUGCUGGUGGGCCUCAGCCAUCCUCCCUGUGCUCUACUGAGCUACACCCUGCCAGCAUAUACUUCCCUGGAACUACUCAGGGCUGGAGGCGAGAGGUCAUUCAUUUUGGCAAGCUGCGUCUCUGCGGGUCAGUGAGGUUCCGCUGGUAUCAGGGUUUCUUCUCCUCUGGUUCUGCUCCUCCCACUUGGGCGAUUGACAAUGUCUACAUUGGCCCACAAUGCCAGGACAUGUGCAAUGGACACGGAGCUUGCAUCGCUGGUAGUCACUGUCUGUGUGACCCUGGCUACUCCGGAAAUGACUGCUCUGUGCCUGAGACCCCCAACUCAGAUUUCCUCAAGGAGGACUUUGAAGGAGGAACCAAGGAUGCUGAGCAUUUCAGUCUUUUGAGUGGAGGCAAACCCUCUCGGAAAUGUGGUAUCAUGUCCAGUGGAAAUCACCUGUUCUUCAGUGAGGAUGGUCUGCGCAUGCUGGUCACAAAAGACUUGGACUUGUCCAAUGCGCGGUUUGUGCAGUUUUUCCUUCGUCUUGGAUGUGGCAAAGCCGCCCCUGACCCUCGCUCCCAGCCUGUGUUACUGCAGUUCUCUGUGGACGGAGGCCUGACCUGGGGACUGCUCCAGGAGUUUCUGUUUAGUAACAGCAGUAAUCAGGCUCGGCUGGUGGCCUUGGAGAUACCCCUACGCGCACGUACGUCUUCUACUCGCCUGCGUUGGUGGCAGCCCUCAGAGAGUGGACACUUUUACAGCCCAUGGGUCAUUGACCAGUUGGUAGUAGGUGGAAGUGCCAGUGGCUGGGGCCCACUGGAGGAUGACUUCUCCUCAAUUGAUGGUCGCUCGUGGCUGCUCCAUCCAGGAGGCACUCGCAUGCCUGUGUGUGGCUCUGAGGGCCCUGCCUUUGCUUUUAUUGAGAAGUCCAACACUCGCUAUGCUGUGACCACGGACAUCAGUCUGGGUCAGGAUGCCUUCAUCCAGUUUGACUUCUCUGCCUCCUGUUCUGUUACUUCAUCAUGCUACUCUGUAGAGUUGGAGUUCUCUCUUGAUCUGGGGCUGACGUGGCAGUCGUUGGUCAGAGACUGUUUGCCCACGAGCCCAGACUGCUCCUCUUACACUCUGCAGCGCCUGCUCAUUUCAGACACAUACAACAAAUGGGGCCGCGUCACAAUGCCUAUCCCAUCUUAUGCAAGGUCUCAAGCCACCAGGUUUAGGUGGUUCCAGCAGGCUCCUUUUGAUAAGCAGCAGACAUGGGCACUGGAUAACCUUUACAUUGGAGAUGGCUGUCCUGACAUGUGCUCUGGGCACGGACGUUGUCAACAGAGCUCCUGUGUAUGUGAUUCAGAGUGGGGUGGAGAGUACUGUGAUGAGCCCCUGGUGGCCCUGCCCUCUCAGCUUAAGGACAGCUUCAGUCGGGCCCCCUCUCUGAGUCACUGGCACCUGGUCACUGGGGGCAAACUCAGCACAGUGUGUGGUGCUGUGGCCUCGGGAUCUGCUCUGCACUUUAGUGGGAGCUGCAGUCGUCAGCUGGUCACAGUGGACUUGAACCUGACAAAUGCUGAGUUUAUUCAGUUUUACUUUAUGUACGGCUGCAUGAUCCCACCCAGCAACCGCAACCAGGGUGUGCUCCUGGAGUACAGCCUCAACGCAGGAAUCAACUGGCAUCUGUUAACAGAGAUAUUUUAUGACCUGUACACCAAACCAGGAUUUGUGAAUGUUCUGCUGCCCCCUGCUGCCCGUCAGGAAGGAGUGCGGGUACGCUGGUGGCAGCCUCAGCAUGAUGGAGCGGACCACAGUGACUGGGCACUAGAUAACGUGCUGAUCGCAGGGUCUGACACACGAGCACAGAUAUCGGACACAUUUGGAGGGGCGGGGCUUCCCAACCACGAGAGGACCCCUGCUGAUGGUGCCUCAGAAAGGGAGGCUCAGCUCGGGGAACAAGAGGAAACACCCAUAGUGAGUGACCACUGGUUGUUCUCAGAAGACUGCUCAGUUCAGCGCUUCUGCAGCUCUCCUGAUGGAGUUAUGGUGUGUGGCAACGACGAUGGUAGAGAGGUCUACGCUGUCACACAGGAUAUUAUGCCUGAGAAGGGCUGGGUCAUGCAGUUCAAGAUUGCCGCUGGAUGCAGUCUACCAGAGCGUCCUGCCGACAGACAGGUGCACGUGCAGUAUUCAGCUGACUUUGGAGUGACAUGGAAGUACAUAGUGCCACAGUGCCUACCUGCGGGCCCUCGCUGUGGAGGCCAGGUCUCACAGCCAUCAGUGUUUUUCCCUGCGGAGGGCUGGAAGAGAGUGGUCUACCCCCUGCCCGACAGUCUAGCUGACACUGCAGUUCGAUUCCGGUUUUACCAGCAGCACUCGGAUAUGCAGUGGGGUGUAGAGAACUUCUACAUUGGCCCUGCGUGUGAGAAUCACUGUGGAGGACAUGGAGACUGUCUGGACAAACGCUGCCUUUGUGAUCCUGGCUUCAUUGGGCCAAACUGCUACGCCAGCACUGCACUCAAGGCCUCUUUAAAGGAGCGAUUUGAUUGGGAAGGAACAACCAGCCCUCAGUGGCAGGUGCUGGAAGGAGGUAGACCCUGCACAGACUGUGGGGUGUUGGUCGAGGGAACAGCCUUAUAUUUUGGUGGAGCUGAUGCAAGACAGGCUGUCACUGUGGAUCUGGACCUUCGAGGGGCAAAAUUUGUGGAGUACUGGGCCAGGAUUGGGAGUGAGGAUAAUAUGACCAUGUGCCAUCGGCCAACAUGUCGUAAAGAGGGAGUGCUGCUGGACUACUCCACUGAUGGAGGAGUGUCCUGGACGCUUCUACAUGAGAUGGAUUACCUCAAGUAUGUGUCAGUGCGCAGAGAUUACAUUGUGCUGCCCGAGGGAGCUUUGACAAAUGCCACCCGCCUGCGCUGGUGGCAGCCAUUUACUAUCUCCUCUGGACUGGUCUCCCCGAGUCUGGAGAGAGCUCAGUGGGCCAUUGAUAACAUCUUGGUGGGUGGGUCGGACAUCAAUCCAUCUAUGCUGCUUGACACGUUUGAUGAUGAGGGUGUUUCCCAUGAGGAGAGCUGGAGUUUCUAUCCCAACGCUGUGCGGACAGCUGGCUUCUGUGGGAAUCCAUCUUUCCAUCUCUACUGGCCCAACAAGAACCAGGAUAGAACACACAACAUCCUAGCCACUCGGGAGCUCAUAGUGCAGCCUGGCUAUAUCUUACAGUUCAAGAUUGUAGUUGGUUGUGAAGCAGACAUGUGUGAUGACCAUCAUUCUGUUUUGCUGCAGUAUAGGAAAGACGCUAGGUCUGACUCAUGGCAGCUGGUGCAGUCUGAAUGCUUACCCUCUUCAGUAAACAACGUCGGCUGCUCUCCUUUCCAGUUUCAUGAAUCCACAAUCUACAGUCCUGUCAACAGCUCUACAUGGACAAGAGUCACUGUCCCACUACCGGACCAUGUCUCUUCAGGAGCCACGCAGUUCCGCUGGAUUCAGAAAGAGGGCAUGGGGGAGAGACAGAGCUGGGGUGUGGACCAUGUUUACAUUGGAGAGGCAUGUCCAGGGCUCUGCAGUGGCCAUGGAUACUGCACCAGUGGGAUGGUCUGCAUCUGUGACGAGGGCCAUCAAGGUGAUGAUUGCUCCCUGACCAGCACUGACCUCCCCAGCUCUAUAAAGGAUAACUUUGAGUCGGGCAGUGUGUCUCCACAAAGCUGGCAGCUGAUUCAGGGAGGCGGAGUGGGCAACGGCUGUGGGCAGCUGUCCCCACAUGCCCAUGGAGACUCACUCUACUUUAAUGGCUGUAAGAUGAGGCAGGCAGUUACUAAACCGCUAGACCUCACUAGGGCCAGUAAAAUCAUGUUUGUGCUGCAAAUUGGCAGUGUGGCACAGACAGACAGUUGUAACAUAGCAUUGGACCAAGCAGACACAGUAGACCGAGCAGUCUUAUUACAGUACAGUGUCAAUAAUGGGGUUAGCUGGCAUGUCAUAGCCCAGCAUCAGCCCAAAGACUUCAUAAAGGCCCAAAGAGUCUCCUACAACAUUCCACUAGAAGCCCGGGUCAAAGGUGUGAUGCUGCGAUGGUGGCAACCGCGGCAUGGUGGUGCGGGACAUGACCAGUGGGCAUUGGACCAUGUGGAAGUAGUUCUCACUCGCAAGCAAAACUACAUGAUGAACUUUGCCAGACAGACCGGCCCGCGCCACUAUUACAGCCGAAAGAGGCGGGCACUGCGACUGCGCGCCUGAACCUGUGCUGUGACGGGAUUCGCCCAUUGACCUGCCAAUCACCGCAACCCAUGCACACCCUUGUUACUCCUGACAACACAUGUUUGCCCUGCUGAGUCCCAUCCACCACCUCCUUGUCUGUGGACUCCAGUCAGCUUUACCUCUUCACAAACCUCCUCUGGCACUAAAGCAGGCUAUAUUCAACCAGUUUACACACCAGCCGUUCUCAAGCACACGGGUCGGAGGAAGAGCAAAUCAGAAGAAAGGAGUCGAGCAGCCAUUUUGUUUAUUCUUUCUCCAUGGAUGGUCAGGGUUUCUUGUUGUUUUCUGAGUGUUGCAAUGUACAAACAUCCCUUGGCGGUUUUUCCUUCUCCGGCUUACCCCAACUCUUUCCCCCUUGUUCCAAUCAUAUCCUCCAACCACACUGUGAAUUUCAAAAGUAUUAUCACUGCUGAACUUUAACCAGCCAAUAGGAGAGCUCCCAUCUCCACUGAGCCGGUAAGGGAGAGGACCACUCCACUGCCAAAACCAUAACCGUCCAUGAAGUGAAGAAAUGGCGAUACAAAAAAUAUAAAAAUGAUUUCUGUGUUGUUGGUGUUUUGUGUGUCUGUGGGUUAUUUACGUGCUGAGUUGACUGUGCUGUUCUUUGUUUGUUUUCUACUAAUUCAUAUGUUUUUAUGAAGGGAAGGGUUGUGGGGCUACUGGGGUAAGUUUCCUUCAGAGCUGGAGCAAUUGGAUGUAGGCAAUGGUGGUACAAGCCCCACCUCCUUGACAAGAAGGAACGGGAGAAUGAUUUGCACGACAUGGGAAGAUGAAAAAUUUGAAGAAAAAAAAAAGACUGACAAAUGUUUGUUUUUUAUCAUUUUUUAUAUAUGUUGGCUCCUGAGAAUACAGAUAUUUAUGGUAAAUGGUUCUUCACGUGACCUAUUUAAAAUGCACUGUGCGUGAAAUCUGUAUGUUUUUUCUAGUGUUAAGUUAUUAGGCGGUCGAGUCCGGCUCUCAGACUGCACCAUGUCCCCUCUCCCCUCGACUUCUCUUGUGAUGUUGGCCCCAAACCCCAAAGCCCUUGAUCUCUCUGCUGAUUUCUGAAACCUGGAGGUGAGGCUCCAUUAGUGUUGUUUUUUGAAGUCUGUGUAAUAUGGACCCUCUACCCUCAGUGUUACUCCAGUAUAGCAAUCUCCUGUAUAUAUAUGUAUAUCCACUAUGGGGAGACCCAACAGCCUUAUAAAAGGGAAAUAAAGACCUGUCCAAACCUC